GCCGCCGCCCGAGCAGCGAAGGGCCCCCCGCCAGUGCGCAGGCGCGGGCAGAGGCGCCGCUCUCCGCGUUGAUGUCAGUUACACGGACACGCAGUUUGUUUCGCCGUGUUCCGGCAAAUGGCUCGGCUGGAGGAUGUGUAGCGACUGAAGCCGUGAACGCCGACAACAACUGACUCAAUUUCUACGUCCGCGGAGAAGGGAGGGGGGGGGAUUGGCACCGCACCGGCACAGCAACGAUGGACCAGGAGUUUCGGGAUAUGGACUCGGCGGGCCGGUGGCAGAAUUUGUACUUCGAAAUACGCAACCAGUCACAUGAAUGUCCAUACAGAGUGGCAAAAUAUCCGGAGAAUCGAAACCGAAAUAGAUACAGAGACGUCAGCCCAUUUGACCACAGUCGCGUUAAGCUAGAAAAUGCAGAAAAUGAUUAUAUCAAUGCUAGCCUGGUUGUAAUGGAAGAAGCCCAAAGAAACUACAUAUUAACUCAGGGACCACUUCGCAACACUUGUGGUCACUUCUGGUUGAUGAUAUGGGAACAAAAGAGCAGAGCUGUCAUCAUGUUGAACAGAGUCAUUGAAAAAGGCUCGGAAAAAUGUGCACAGUACUGGCCAACAAAAGAAGAGCGAGAAAUGUCUUUUAGGGACACUGGAUUUCAUGUGACGCUACUUUCUGAAGAUAUUAAAUCAUAUUAUACAGUACGAGUUCUGGGGCUGAAAAACACAAAUACUGGGGAGACCAGGGAGAUUUUUCACUUUCAUUACACCACAUGGCCAGAUUUUGGAGUGCCAGAAUCUCCAGCCUCGUUUCUUAAUUUUUUGUUCAAAGUCAGAGAGUCUGGCUCUCUAAACUCUGACCAUGGGCCAGCUGUAGUUCAUUGCAGUGCUGGAAUAGGACGCUCAGGGACAUUUUCACUGGUAGACACCUGCCUUCUUCUGAUGGACAAAAGGAAAGAUCCUUCAUCUGUGGAUAUUAAGAAAAUACUUCUGGACAUGAGAAAGUACCGAAUGGGACUCAUCCAGACUCCUGACCAGCUGAGAUUCUCCUACAUGGCUGUAAUAGAAGGAGCAAAAUAUAUAAUGGGAGAUUCCUCUGUUCAGUGGAAGGAGCUGUCCAGAGAAGAUCAAGAACCCGCCUGUGAUAACUCCCCGUCAGCACAGCCCCCCCGGCACAGCACGGAGAAGUUCAACGGGAGCAGGGUGUCGCUCUCGGAGGAGAGGGAGGAGCCUGAGCUGGACAGCUCAGCGGACACGAACCUGUCCAGCAGAGAGCAAGAAAAUACGGAUGGCAUUACAGGAAGUGUUCGCAAGAGACACAGAGAAGAGAGGAUAGCAACCACUGCACAGAAGGUGCAGCAGAUGAAACAGAAGUUAAGUGAAGCAGAAAGAAAAAGAAAAAGCAUGCUUCAUUCAUCCUCAAGAUCCUACGUGUCCCGAGUUCCUCUUCUUAUUCAUGGUUCAAAGUGUUGUUCCUGCCGAGAAUGAGCAACACCUAACACAGCUGACCCUGAGAGUAACUGCAGCUCUAGUCUUGUCCUCGAAUGGGCCGCAAAUCUGCACCCGCAGGGAUCUUCAGCCACACAGUGAGGUCACCCUCUGCUUUGACAAGCUUCAUGUCCCUUUACUGUUUACAACGUAAACUUCUACAUUCUUUGGAUGAAGAAAAAUUAAACACACCAGCAUGGGACUUCCUCUGAUGGAGCAGAUUUCAUGUAUUGUCACUUUUUUGUCACCAUUGCUUGUAAUUCACUUAAAAUACAGAAUGAAUUGGAAUAUGCCUAUCUGCAUUGACAAUUUGUAAUGCUCUAUUUUUGUUAUUUUUAAGGCAGCAUUAAAUCCUCUAUUUUUUUAAGUAGUUACAUUAAGAUUCCUUGGCUUGCUUGCCAGGAGACUGUGAACCCCUCAUAAGGUUAAUGGAAGAAAGCCUUCAUGCCUCAAAGGGAAAACUGCAGUAUUUACAUAAUGCAGUAUUCCAUUUUUUGAAAUUACAUUUUUAUUGGUGCAUAAAAAACUACAGAUGUCCAAUUUGUUAACUCUUUGUAUUUCAUAAUAAGGGAGAGGAGUGUUUUGCCUUUCACUGACCUUCAUUUAAAAGUAUUUUGGAGGAGUUUUAAACUUUCUAAGAGUUUUCCUAAUUGAAGAAUAUAAAAGGCAUAAAAGUAACAUAGUAUAAUGUAUAACAUUAUCUUACACAGUUUGUUUUACAUAAGAAAAGGCUGUGCAAAUGUCAAAGGCAGAAGACCUUAAAGAGGAAACUACGUUUCAGCACCUCUGUUCUACAGUAAAAUGAAUUAAUGAUUACCGCAGAAACAGAACUGGUGUCCCUAAUGAACUAUUGUUCCUUUGCUCUGACGAAUACUUGAAUCUAUGUAGUAUCAGCUGGCUGGAAAUUAGGGGAAACUUAGAAAUUAUAUGGAAACAUACAUGUGCUUGGUGGAUGUCCUCUGUUUAUGAAUGUUACUGACACUUUGCUGCCUUUUCUUGCACUUUCACAUCCCAAACCCUACAGAGAAUCAGUGACUACAAAGCACAUUGGAUAGUAAAAAGGUUAAACUUUGUUGUGUGUGAGUUGGUUAUAGAAACUGUUCAGCGGGCUACAAACAAUGAAUUAAGACUGUUUGGAUCGGCACUGCCAAACAGUCCCAAUUGCGAAAUUACAUGGGAUUAGAUUAUCCAUUGCACAAUAAACUGCGUUGGUAUACCAGUUCUGUCUCCAUGCCAGGACUGAACUACUUUGGAUCACAUUAGCACUGUGCAUUGCUUUUCUAAUUGGGUUUUGAAAAAUAAUUUACUUGCUUUGUGGGGAAAAUUUGGUAUUUCAUGGAAUUUGAUUGCACUACCAUUAAUAAACAUAUAAGUGGUGUGACAAUUUUACAUUUUAAACUGUCACACAUCAAGUAGCUUAUUACAAAAAAACCCAGAAUUUGGCUUUGACAGUAUACGUGUAGCCACAAAAGAUCAUUUUUAAUGCUUUAUAAAUUUAAAUGUGAAGAAAAAAGGAUAAAAAGAGCAUGGACCCGCAGAUCUGGUAAAAAAAAAAAAACUUUGAAAAUAGUAGAAUCAACCAGAUGGAAACUGUCUACUCCAAAACACUUGUCAACAUUUUGGCAAACUUGAGCCUGACAAAGGCUCUACGUUUUUAAAUGUAAACGCGUACCUGCCGUUUCAGAAGUGAGAGACCACAUCAGAGAACCCAACCUUGUGACUUCCAGCACAGACACAUCCAAUUAUACAGCACUGCAGGAAAAGGAAAACUAAAAAUAACACCUUCUCAACAAAAGACAAUGGAGGCCAACAGAGUUAGUAAAUGUAAUAAAGAGACUGUUGUUCUGUCGCUGGAGGGAGGGCACAUCAGGGUCAUGUGCAAUGAGCAGGCUUGGUCUUUUAGAAAGAGAGGGUGCUCUGACUUUGAAACGACAGGCGCAUUCGUAUUUGUAAGCUUUUAAAUCUGCCCUCCAGAUACAAAACUUAGAACAACAGUCAAAUCCUAUUUAAAUCAUUUGGGUAUUCUGAUAAGUGGAGUUAUUGACAGGUGUGACUAAUAGAAAUUUCUCUGUGGUAGUCCAUAUAAACAACUUAGGAAAUUAGGAAAGUAUAAGACCCUUUUAGUUUCUUAACCUUGCAUGUAUGCUAAUUUGCAUAAAGUGCUCUGUGCAUUGCAUUGAUCAAAGAAGACUAAUGAUGUAGAUAUCUUUGUAGUUGGAAUUACUGAGUCGACCUUUCAAACAAAAUCAGAUGUUUAUCUUUUCUGCUGCCUUCCAAGAACUAAUUUCAUGUUCCCAGAAAUGGUAGAUGUGGUAAUUCUAUCAGUUCAGCAAAGUGAAAAGCAGUAUUAGCAGGAAAAGGCUCCCUUUCUUGAGAUUGUGGACAACAUAAUUGUUUCCAGGAAAAUCUAUAAUUUGCUACUGUUUAGCGGCUGUGGGCUUCUGAAGUAAACUCACAUAAGGCUAUUUUAAGGUAACCAUCAUGAUCCAAGACAAAUUUAGUAUCGUUAGGCAUCUGAAAUUCUACUACAAAAAAUACAUUGUGCGACGAGGAAUAAUUUAAAUCAUCCAGUCCUCAGCAGGCAGAUGCAUUUUAUGAUUGAAUAUUAUUAGUAUGUUUAUUGCUGGAUUUCUGGAAAAUGCUGUUUGUACUCCAGUAAUAAUGGAAACAUUAUCCAGCAUCCAAAUAAGAAAGGGUGCCAAAGUUUUUUUUUAUUCAGAGAUCAAAAUGUAAAAAUUGUAAUGCUUUCCACCAGAGGCAGCAUUUUAAGAAAAUGCAUUUUCCAUUACCUUAUGAAAACGCUUUCUGUAAGUAACUUGGGGAUAAAUCAACAUCUGUACUAUUUCAGAUUAGCUGAAUUAUUUGUUAAAACGUAGUUGUAAAAGUAAGGAGUUAAGUAAGAAGGAAGUACAGCAGUUAAAAUGAUUAAUUAAAAUUAUUUCUUCAGCUAUUCCUGUUUUACAGAUAAUUCUGUUCCUGAUUUUCUGUUUUAAAAAUCUCUGAUUACACUUAUUGUAUUUGUUUAUAAUUAUUAAUAUACAGUGGUGUUUUUAUUUUUUAAUUCUUCUGGCCUCAUAAAUCAGAAUCUAUACUGAGGUUAAACUAUCAUGAAUGUGAUUUUUAUUUACCUGAUUGAAAGCUACUCACCUGACACAUUUUGAGGUAACUGAAGGCUUUUUCACAUGAAAUUGCUUUGUACAGAACAUGUUUUGGAGAGAUGUCUGGAGUAGUGCUCUUAGCAAUCAAAACAUGUUGCUAGAUCAAUUAUUUUGACAUAACUAAAUCUGAACUAGCCAGCUAUACCUGGUAUCUAUUUAAGGCAAUCUUCUCAGAAUGGAGUAUCUAUGAAAACUUAUCUCGUUUGGUACAGUACAGUAUGUAUGCCAUUUGUUGAUGCAUACGUGAUGGAUGCUUUCUUCUGCACAAACACCUGAGCAAGGAAUAUUUGAUCAUCUCUGGUUUAUGUCUGAACUAUAGAAUCGACUGACAAUCACUGCAGUUUCCUGGCAAGAUACUCAAAAACAAAACAAUCUGGUGAACGGACAAGAAAAUGUAACACUUAGGGUGAGUGUUCUGUAUUGCUUGAUAUUUCUGUAAAUUACUGUCACUUAGAAUACCUCAUUCCUGACAUGGAACAUCAAAGCAAAUUGUACCAUCAGUUCUCCAUUAAAGAAACAAAAUAGCUUGCCUUUUUUUUUUUAACUGAUGACUUGAAUCUGUACAUUGGAACCUGUUUCAUUCAGAACCCUGAAAACACUGGAUUCAGAGUUAUUGUUUGGUGUUGGCACAAGGCUCUAAUGCCUCAGAACCACCAGAGAGUCAAGUGCUCUCUUAGCGCUGAAAGGCACCACUCCGCUUACCGAAGCUCCUUUGCAAAAUUCUGUGCAUUUUCUAGAUUAACUUCUCAGGCUUUGUUGCUUUUCAGGAUUUUCAACAUGAAUGCAUUUUAAAUAAAAGUGACAGUUCAAGAUGCUGACAAGACUCCUAGGUUAUGAUAAGCCAAAUUUGGGGCGAAACAGAAGGCUUGUAAAUGAAAAGCUGCAACUAACCUUUUGAUUUCAUCCCAGAAAAAGAAAAGUACUCACAGAAUGGGACUGAUUUUAAAGCAUUUGUAGGAUGUUUCGAAGAAAUCAAGAAACCCAAUUUCUGUGACCUUGUAUCAAGUGAGACACCAUUCUGUAGUGCAGUACAGUAAAAGUCUGUGACUUCUUAAGAAACCAGCACAAGUCUCCAUCUUAUUUCAAGGCAAACGUAAUAUAUCAAGUUUGUGCUGGCGGUGUUCAAGAAAAUGCAACUUACAUGUUAUUAAACAUUAUAGCUAAGAAAGAUUACUUUUUUUGUAAUUUUUUAAGUAAUCAUGAGACCAAAUUAUCUUUUUGUUUUAUGAAAAAAGCAAUAUUUUAUGUACAGUUAAUGUAUAGAUGUAUUUUUUGUGUGAUCAACAUUGGAGUGUUUUACUGGGUUGAGGAAUGAUUUUCUUCUGAUUAUUUGCAAGGUUAGCAGAAGACUGACCUAAAUCAGGAUAAUUUUCUGUCUUGUACAUCAUUCUUCAUUUACGACUCACAAUCAUUGUGCACUGGUGUUGGGGAGGGUUUUUUUUCCAGUUUUCUUCAUCCAGUUCAUCAUCAAAUAUAAGACAAACAUUUUGUUUUGCUGUUAAACACCAUCAUUUGUGAUCUAUGUUGGAAUAAAUUGAAUAUCGUCAUUCUCUUUUGAA